AUGUCAUCCACUGAUGCUGAGGUAGCGAGCACAGAGCCGUCUGCUCCAGCAGUGCUCUCUAAGCCAGCUCCAGAAGAACAGCCUGUAAUCAAACCGUCUGGUGAUGACGCGCCAACCACGAAUGGCGAAAGCACGGAGGCUGUAAAUGAAAAGAAAGAUACCGAUGCUCCUUUACAGGUUUCUAUGGAAGAAGAGCCAAAGGAAGAUUUUGAUGCUACUCCUGUUAAAGGGAAAUCUCAGGAGGAAGAAUCAAGUAAGGAUGGUAAUGAUAUCAAAGAUGAUAAAGACGAGCCAGACCAGGGUAGCCUUAACGCGUCUGCUGGGAAAAUUGAGAAUGAGACCCCAGAGCAAGCAACGAAGGUUGAAGAUGAGAAAGAAGAGCCCGUAGUGGAAAAAACUGAGGAGCCAACGAAGGAGGUAGAACGUGGUGGUUGGAAGCUGUUGGCGGACGAAAAGAAAAAGGAUGAGGAGAUGCCACCUGAAGCUCCUGAAACGGAACCUGAGCCCGAGAAAAUGGAAGUUGAUGAGAAGGUAGAAUCCGAAGAACCAUUGAAAGCCGAAGAGAAAAAGCCACCUGAAGAAGAGCAUCCUCCACCACCAGAAAAGUCGGAAACUGAAAAGCAUGAGACAGAGGAAAAGCCGGCUGAAAAACCAUCUGAACCAGAACAGAAGACAGAAGUUAUGGAAGAGAAGCCCGCAGAAGCACCUCAGGAAGGCGUAAGCCCAGAGAAACCUGUUGAUAAGGAAGAGGAGGAAGAACGCAUGCAGGUUGAUGAAGGAGCGAAUCCCGUUGAGGAAAACGUUGAGUCUGCCAAACCCGAAGUUUCCGCAGAACCAGAGCCGAAAACUCCUGAGGAAAAAUCAGCCGAAGCAGACAAUAAAGAUGACAGUUUCGCCACAGAAUCACUGUUCCAGCUUCCUUUAAAGCGUGUACUUCCGAAAUGGAUGGUGCAAGAUGCAAAUGCUCCACCAAGUCCUAACAAAGAAGAACCUGGGGAAAAACCUGAACAAGUUGAGAAAGUUGAGGAAUCAAAAUCACCCAAUGUGCCGUCUAGGGGUCGCGGACGAGGUAGAGGUAGGAGCGGUCGCGGUGCCGCUCGUACUCCACCAGCAAAACCACAGCCAGAAGUUAAUGCAGAAUCAUUGUCUUCCGGACGGCCACGGCGUUCCACUCGUUCUACAGUGGAUUACGCGAAUCCAGAUGUUGCCACAGUAGUUGCAGAGCAAGAGGACCUUGAGAAUGAGGUUCUCAUUACUCGUGGUCGGGGGCGUAAUCGGGGCCGCGGAGCACACCGAGCUGGAAAACGAAGUGCUGAUGACGAUGAUGACGGGGAAGACAGCGGUUCAGAAUAUGGCGGACCCUCUAGGAAGAAAAAAGCCCGAGGUAGCGCUUCUUACUCAGGAAAUCGAAGCCGUGGACGAGGUCGCGGUCGGGGUGGAAGGACUCCAAGAUCAAGCCGGGGUAAGAAAAAGGAGAAGGAGGAGAAUGAAAGCGAUGUGGAGGAGGAAGAGAUGGAUCUGGGGGAUGAUGAUGCUGCAUCUGAUGGGUCUGCGGAAGAGACUUACAAGCCAACCGCUUCAAAGAGGCGGUCAGAUACCGGUCAGUCAGCCAAAGCUUCACCUAAAAAAAGAGGUCGCGCUUCUUCCUUGUCUUUUUAUUCUUGUCCGGACCAUCUUUGGAUUCUUGAAGAUACGUUGCUCAUUACAGUUGUCAGAAAUUGGGUCAUCUUUACUAACAGUGCUGUUGCUUGCGCGACGGUGGGUUUAGAUGUCUUGAUGCGGUGGGCCUUGUCUAUUUUGCUUACAGAGUUUAGUUCCAAGUAUGGUUGGGUAGGUUUUGCAGAGUUGAUGAUCAACGGUAGUGUUAUACAAGUCUAUUUUUAUGACUUAGUUAGAUUUUCACAGUUUAUUCUAGAAAGGAUGCCCACUUAA